AACCCUUCAAAUCCCUCGCUUGGAGGCAGCAUCUCUCUCUCUGAGCAGUAAAGUAAGAACAGGCACCUCUCUCUCUCUCUCUCUCUCUCUCUCAUCAGCAAAAGAAGAACAGGUACCCUUCUCGCUCACUCUCUAUCUGUAUUUCUGUAUAUCUGGAAGAUGGAUUGGAGCCCAGAAGCCCUGGAACUCCUCUCCCAAUGCUUCCUCCAAACCCUCUCCCCAAACCCAGAGCCCCGUCGCCGUGCCGAAGCUCACCUCUCCGAAUCCUCCGAUCGCCCCGGCUUCGCUCUCGCCGUCCUCCGCAUCAUCUCCCUCCCUUCCGUCGAUGAUCAGAUCCGCCAGGCCGCUGCUGUCAAUUUCAAAAACCACCUCCGCUCCCGCUGGGCUCCGCCCCACCCUGACCAAUCAUCCUCAUCGACAAUCCCUGAACCCGAGAAGACCGAGAUCAAAACCCACAUCGUCCGCCUCAUGCUCGCCUCCUCCCCCCGCAUCCAGAGCCAGCUAAGUGAGGCCCUUGCCAUCAUCGGCAAGCACGACUUCCCCAAAUCCUGGCCGUCUCUCCUCCCCGAGCUUGUAUCCAGCCUCCGCCAGGCCACUGAUUACGCCUCCAUCAACGGCAUUCUCAGCACCGCCAAUUCCAUCUUCAAGAAGUUCCGCUACCAGUACAAGACCAAUGAUCUCCUGCUCGACCUCAAGUACUGCCUUGAUGGGUUUGCUGCUCCCCUCCUUGAGAGCUUCCUCAAGACCGCUGCUCUCAUUCCCACCAAUCUCCACUCAGCCGAUGCUCUCCGUCCGCUCAUCGAGUCCCAACGCCUCUGCUGCCGCAUCUUCUACUCUCUCAACUUCCAAGAACUCCCUGAGUUCUUCGAAGACCACAUGGGCGAAUGGAUGGCCGAGUUCAAGAACUACCUCACGGCAACGUACCCCACUCUUGAAAGUGACGCAAGGGGCGAUGGGGUCACCAUUGUUGAUGGGCUCCGCUCCGCUGUCUGUGAGAACAUCAGCCUCUACAUGGAGAAGAACGAGGAGGAGUUCAAGGAUUAUUUGAAGGAUUUUGCGUCUGCGGUGUGGACCCUCCUUAUGGUCGUGUCUGCAUCCUCGGCCCGCGAGCGGCUUACCAUCACCGCAAUCAAGUUCUUGACCACGGUCAGCACAAGCGUCCACCAUGCAUUGUUUGGCGGUGCAGAUAUCCUGCAGCAGAUUUGUCAGAGCAUCGUGAUCCCGAACAUUCGGCUGCGGGAGGAGGACGAGGAGCUGUUCGAGAUGAACUAUGUUGAGUAUAUAAGGAGGGAUAUCGAAGGAAGUGAUCUUGAUACCAGGCGGAGGAUUGCUUGUGAGCUUUUGAAAGGAAUUGCGACGAAUUACAAAGAGCAGGUGAUGGCGAUGGUUUCUGUUCAAAUUCAAAAUAUGCUGGGGCUGUAUUCUGCAAACCCAGUCGAGAAUUGGAAGGAGAAGGAUUGUGCCAUUUAUUUGGUCGUCUCUCUUGCGACGAAGAAGGCAGGUGGGAGUUCAGUCUCAACGGAUCUCGUCAAUGUGGAGAGCUUUUUUACAACGGUUAUAGUUCCGGAGUUGCAGAGUCAGGACACCAAUGGGUUCCCGAUGCUGAAGGCCGAUGCUUUGAAGUUCUUCACCACAUUUCGGAACCAGAUAUCGAAGCCGGUUGCGGUCGCAUUGAUCCCCCACGUGAUUCGAUUCCUUGGCUCUGAGUCGAAUGUGGUUCAUUCCUAUGCUGCAAAUUGCAUCGAGAAGCUCUUACUUGUCAAAGAUGAGGGGCGCCCGCGGUAUACUUCUUUGGAUAUCAACCCCUUGGUGCCAAUAUUGAUGACUAAUCUUUUUAAUGCUCUGAAAUUUCCGGAAUCUCAAGAGAAUCCGUACGUCAUGAAGUGCAUCAUGCGAGUUUUCGGUGUGGCCGACAUCGGUGGCGAGGUCGCCGGCGUUUGCAUUAUGAGCCUAACAGCAGUUCUUAGUGAGAUUUGCAAGAAUCCAAAGAACCCAGUUUUCAACCAUUACUUGUUUGAGGCUGUGGCUGCUCUGGUUAGACGGUCCUGUGAGAAGGACCCAUCUCUGAUCCCGGCAUUCGAGGCAAGACUCUUCCCUGUUCUUGAAACCAUUUUGGCCAAUGAUGUUUCCGAGUUCUGGCCUUACACAUUUCAGAUCUUCGCCCAGCUUGUUGAGCUCAAUAGACCGCCUCUUUCAUCCAGCUACAUACAGCUUUUUAAGCUUCUUUUGUCGCCCAACACUUGGAAACGGUCCGGGAGUGUCCCAGCUCUUGUACGCUUGCUUCAGGCAUACCUGCGGAAGGCACCUCAUGAGCUGAAUAAUGAAGGGAGUCUGACUCAGGUGCUGGGGAUAUUUGGCUUGCUGGUCAAAGCUUCGAGUACGGAUGAGCUGGGUUUCUAUGUGUUGAACACUGUUAUAGAGAAUCUACGCUAUGAUGUGAUAAUGCCUUAUGUUCGUGACAUCUGGAGCACCCUUUUCACGCGGCUGCAGAACCAUCGAACUGUCAAGUUCAUAAAGUCUCUCGUGAUAUUCAUGUCGCUUUUUCUGGUCAAGCAUGGGCAUGAGACUCUCGUGAACUCGAUAAAUGCAGUUCAGCCCGAACUAUUUGGCAUGAUUCUCCAGCAAUUCUGGGUUCCCAAUCUCAAGCUGAUCACGGGAGCCAUCGAGAUGAAAUUGACUUCUGUUGCCUCAACCAAGCUUAUAUGUGAAUCUCCGAGCCUUUUGGAUGAUGCGGCCGCAAUGCUUUGGGGUAAGAUGCUUGACAGUAUUGUUACUCUUCUUGCCCGACCGGAGCAAGAUAGAGUGGAUGAUGAACCAGAAGUGCCUGAUAUCGGAGAGACGGUGAGUUAUACUGCAACAUUUGUCCAUCUCUACAAUGCUGGCAAAAAGGAGGAAGAUCCUGUCAAGGAAAUAAAAGAUCCAAGAGAAUUUUUAGUGACUUCCUUGGCAAGACUAUCAGCUUCCUCCCCUAGAAAGUACCCUGCAAUCAUACAACAAUCCUUGGAUCCCACCAAUCAAGCAGCGCUACUCCAGCUUUGCGGGACAUAUAAUUGCUUCAUAGUUUAAAGUAAGAAGCUUCAUCGCAAACUUGGUUUCAGCUCUUGUUUCUGGUUUAUAGAUUCCAAGAAGGUGGUUUUGUUCUCUAGUCAGGUAUCCUAUAUACAAGAGCAUUGUGUCGGAUGGCAACAUGGGAAUUUGGUCAGCAUCUCUCUUUCUUCCUACCAUUGAAGUAUACGUGUGCCUUGUGGUGGUGUCAUUGUCAUGGUGGAACGGUCUGGUCGGGUCUUCUGUAGUCAGCACAUGCCCCCUUCUUUUUUCAGAAGGAUUAAUCGUGCUGUUGUCAAAUGUCAAUUGAUCUAUGAGAGCCAUAACAUUGUGUUAUUGCUGUUGAAUUUUGAAUCUGUAGAGCAUCUUUCUAGCAAUGUUUCAUUGGACAA